GUCUCUUUUCCUGGGCUGGGACAGCGGCUUCUAACGAAACCUUCUUGUUCACUAACUUUAUCUCAAAGUUCAGAACCCGCGUGCCCAUUAGGCAAAUGCUAAGCGACCCCUGGAGGAUAUAAGGGCGGGGGGGCGCCAUAUCCAAUCUCGCCUUGGGGGGCCACAUUGGUUUUGACGGGCCUCUCCUGUACACCUCAGCAAUGUCUCAGUCUGGAGAAAAAGGAAAGUUCCCUGAUGCAGCUGGUUAUGUGGGGUUUGCAAACCUCCCAAACCAAGUUCACCGAAAGUCCGUGAAAAAAGGCUUUGAAUUUACCCUCAUGGUUGUAGGGGAGUCUGGUUUGGGAAAAUCAACACUUAUAAACAGCUUGUUCCUCACCGAUCUCUACCCUGAACGCUACAUUCCUGGCGCCGCAGAAAAAAUCGAGAGGACGGUGCAGAUCGAGGCGUCCACCGUGGAGAUCGAAGAGAGGGGGGUGAAGCUCCGCCUCACCGUGGUGGAUACACCGGGCUACGGCGACGCCAUCAACAGCCAAGACUGUUUCAAGACCAUCAUCCAGUACAUUGACAAUCAGUUUGAGCGCUACCUCCACGACGAGAGCGGCCUCAACCGACGCCACAUAGUGGACAACAGGGUCCACUGCUGCUUCUACUUCAUAUCGCCUUUUGGACACGGCCUGAAGCCUUUGGAUGUGGAAUUUAUGAAGGCCAUCCACAGCAAAGUUAAUAUCGUUCCAGUCAUCGCUAAGGCCGAUACCCUGACGCUGAAGGAGAGGGAUCGCUUGAAGAGGCGGAUCCUGGAUGAGAUCGCAGAGCACGGAAUUCGAAUCUAUCAGCUACCUGAUGCCGACUCGGACGAGGAUGAGGAGUUCAAGGAGCAGACCAGAGUCCUCAAGGCCAGCAUUCCUUUUGCUGUGAUUGGCUCCAACCAGCUGAUCGAGGUGAAGGGUAAGAAGAUCCGCGGUCGCCUGUACCCAUGGGGUGUCGUGGAGGUGGAGAACCCCGAACACAAUGACUUCCUCAAGUUGCGCACCAUGCUCGUGACACACAUGCAAGACCUGCAGGAGGUGACGCAGGACCUGCAUUACGAGAACUUCCGCUCAGAGAGGCUGAAGAGAGCCGGAAGAGCUGUGGAUGAGGAUGUGAUGGAUAAAGACCAGAUACUGCUACAGAAAGAGGCGGAGCUGAGACGCAUGCAGGAGAUGAUCGCUCGGAUGCAGGCACAGAUGAAGAUGAAAUCCGACGAGUGAAAACACACACAUACACACCCCAUGCUGUCACCCGAUACAACCUGCAAAUGUGUUUUCAGGAUCCGUCAGUUGUUUACUCCUCCACGUUUCCUUCGCACUUGCCAUCAUUUUAUGACCUUUUAAUUUUGUGAUUAUUUUAAUAUCUAUAUUGUGUCGUUACAGUGAGUUACAAUUCAUUGGCGGAAUUCUGUUAGUCUGUUCAUAUGGUACACAGUAUGGUCUGUCAGACUGUCGGAUAAGAUAGUAAGUACUAUCAUACUCAUGUUUACCAAAGGUUUUUCUGUUCAGUCUUAAAAAUAGUCCAUUGCAGCACUCUUAUGAGCGCCCAAUAAUGGUGAUUUCUUUGCUUCUGUUCAAGUCACACACACUACACAGUAUGAUCACAGGUGUCAUUUUCCUGCCUAAUGUUGCCACCUAAUACAUCCGUAAAAAUUUCUGAGGCUGCUACAAAAA